AUUCAGGUACUUAACACCCUGGAGAACCGGACCUCGGCUUUCAAAGCAUCCCGCGUGGGAAGAGCUGUUUAUAUAAACAGAUGCAGCUGUAAGCGCGCUAAUAUCCCGGCAGCCAGCGCAUGGCGUGCGCCUCUGGCGCCCACCCGUAGCAGCGGCGUCCCCGGCCGCCCCUCGGUUCCCAGCCUGCCCCGCCCCCGCCUCCUUCCCCUCCUUGGCCAUGGCCACCUCUGGACGCCUCAGCUUCACCGUGCGCAGCCUCCUGGAUUUACCCGAGCAGGACGCACAGCACCUGCGGAGGCGGGAGCCGGAGCUACGCGCUCCCGGGCCCGGCCCCUGCGCCACCUGGUUGGAAUCCGAGCGCAGCCACUACCCCUCCUCGGACGAGAGCAGCCCGGAGACCAGCCUUCCCGACUCGUCGCAGCGGCCGUGCACUCGGCCGGUGUCUCCCGGCUCAGACGCUGAAAAGAGGAAGAAGCGUCGGGUGCUGUUCUCCAAGGCGCAAACGCUGGAGUUGGAGCGACGCUUUCGGCAGCAGCGCUACCUGUCCGCGCCCGAGCGCGAGCAGCUGGCGCGCCUGCUUCGCCUCACGCCCACACAGGUCAAAAUCUGGUUCCAGAACCAUCGCUAUAAGCUGAAGCGCGCGCGCGCACCCGGCGCGCCGGGGGCGGUGGAGUCGCCUGACCUGGCAGCCGCUGCCGAGCUGCGCGCCGCCCCGGGCCUGCUGCGCCGCGUGGUGGUCCCCGUGCUGGUGCGCGACGGGCAGCCUUGCGGCAGCGGCGAUCUAAGCACGGCCUCCGCCCAGGACAAGAGCGGCGCGUCCCCGGCCGCCAGCUGCCCUCUGCCAGGCUACGCCGCCUUCGGGCCUUGCUCGGCUCUCGGCCUCUUCCCCGCCUACCAGCACUUAGCGCCCCCAACCCUGGUCUCCUGGAACUGGUGA